AAAGGAAAAGAAAUGAAAAAAAACAAAGGAAGCACAAGCAAAAGCAAGGAAGGAAGAAGAACGACGUAAGACGCGAAAAGGAAAAGGAAGAAAGGAGAAACGGCAGAAAGACAAAGAAAGAACAAGAGGAAAGACAUUGAAAAAUGAAGAAAGGCAAGGGCAAGGAAGGAAAAAAUGGUACAACACCAAGAAAGGGUGCAAAUUAACGGAUAAGGAUAAGCAAAAGGAAAGGAUAAGGAAAACAUAAAGGGAAAGGAACAGCAAAGGGAAAGGAAAGGAAAAGGACAAAAGGACAGAAAAAGGAAGGAAUGAAAAAAGAAAGAAAAGCAAAGAUAAGAAAAUAAAGUAAAGAAAGGCGCGCAGACAGAAGGAAAUAAACAAACAAAAACAAUCAAACAAACACACAAAAGCACAAAACACAUACGAUCAGAAAAACCAGUAAGCCAACAAAACACAACAAACAUCACCAAACAAAUCAAAAAAAGCAACCAAGAAAACACCCAAACACCACAAACACAACAACUCCCACAACAAAACAACACAACAAAAAAGCAACAAACAACUACAACACAAAAACCAAACUGUGCAAACUGCACUCUGAACUGUGCAAUUUGCACUGUUCAAGUUUGAGCUCCAAAAACCAACUGUGCAAUUUGCACUCUGGAGAGUGCAAAUUGCACAGUUGUAGCCCGGACUAAAUGAUCAUUUACUCUCGGAGAAUUUAGUCAGGAUCCGGUCUAAAUGAUCGUUUACUCUUUAGUCCCCGGACUAAAUCCUUAGCGGAGUAAAUUUAGACUCAUUUGAUCUAUCAGGUGACGGAUCGUGACAGCCAGAAAGGGAUGAUCGGCUUUUGCUGAUUGGGAAGGGGCCCGACGGCCCGGCUGCUCGAACAAUCACACCUGCUGAAGCGGCGAAGUUGUUGCACGGCAGGAGCUCGCGAUAUCAGGAGGAAGACAGACGCACCGCAUGCGGAGACCCCAAGAUGUUACUUGACGCGACCCCCAGAAAGCUGGCUGAUGCGGCAGUGCACUGGGCAGCUCAACAACUCCUGGGGGAAAAUCUCCCCGACAAAGUGGGAGUCUGUCGACUCGCCUGGGAGGAAGAGACUGAAAGGGUCCUGAUGAAGUGGCUCCAAGACAAUCCCAAGCAGGGAUCAGCCGGCCUUGUGUGGGGAAAACAGAAGAACAAGAACAAAGGUCUCCCUCUCCAUGAGCAGGCAAUGAAAGCCAUGUGCUAUGUGCUGAUGCAUGCGGCGGGCACCGAGGAGUGCCCCAUCAGCGAAGAAGGUUGGGUGAAAUGGCAACAACUCGCCGCGCAUCAGUCCUGCAAAAGAUUCCAAAACUGGGUGCUGCUGGAAGCACUCGACCAGGACAAAAAGGACCGACUCGUUGCGAAGCAAGACACUGAUGGAGUCUGGUGGGUCGCGGCCUGGUCGGGCCACACGCAGGAGAGAGUUGUUGGCCCAGCCGCAGUGGUCCCAACCGAGGAACUCCCGGCCUUGCUGGCGCAUGGCAGCUACCGACGUCACACUGCGUCCAUUCAGAAGAAGGGGUUGGUGAGAGGCGACCGAGAUGUCCACUUCCACGACCCCGAGGAACACGCAGAGCGGUGGCGGGUCGACCUCGAAACACGGAUAGAUAUCGAUGUCAAGAAAGCCGUUGACCUUGGAUGCAAGUUCCGGAAGACCGGCAACAAGGUGUGGCUCUGUGAUUCGACAGUACCGCCAGCCGCAAUCAUUAGGAUCACCCCGUGGGACGGCUUACCUGAAGGCAGAAGCCUCGAGGACCGAGAAGAUGAGCAUGGCUCGGCAGCGAGCUCUGCCAAAGCACCGAUGUCAAGCGCUGCGCUGCCCAUCAGGCCCAAAGUGACAGGCAGAUGGGGUCCCAUGCCAGAAGAAGAGAAGAAACCCAUUACCGAAGAGAUCCUAGACGUCGCCAAAGGCCUCGGGAGCAACUUACCCGAGAACUUCGAAGAUGGCCUUGCUGUGGACCUCGCGACCCGAGGCGCGUUUCGCCGGGGAAGCAGAGGGAGAAAUGGAAGUUGAUUGGGGGGGCACUGACUCUGAGGGCUCAGCCCAAAGCCGAAACGACCGCAG